AUGCCCCCUUUCUGCACUUGUUUGCCUACCAAGAGAUCCCAACUCUUCCAGAGGCUCUCCUGCUCGCUGGAGUGGAACAUGGCUGUGGACUUUGGCCACAAUCUCAGUCGUGUCGAUUUUCUGGGGCUGCAGAUGUUUGGCGUGAGCUUUGCGUCUGGCUCUUCUGGUUCACCAUCUUUUGGCAGACGCAAACUCAGCAAGACACUGGACGGUUCAUUCAAAACGGCACCGGGCGCACCAUAUUUUGGUGCCUUCAGGCUGGGGCCCCACGAGCCACCAUCUGUUCAUAGCUUGGCGGACUUGAACACCGUGCUGCAUCAAGAGGUGCCUAGAAUCAACAAGUUGCUGAUGGAGAAUGUGCCUCGUGCCAUUGGUGACUGCGAUGCAUUACUGGCGCAACGCCCCAGCGUCAAGGAUCACUGCAAUGAAGUUCCGAUGGCACCCUUGGAUGUGUCGCCGGUGGGGCUCUCGGCGCGUGUGGUCUUCAUCGAUGGCCUCUCUACGCUUCGCAUCAAGAAGCUUCGGGUGCGGCAUGGUGCGGCGGUCAUGCCGGAGAAGAAUCACAACAGCGACGAUGAGCGCUCUGCGCAACGCUGGGCCAUUGACAUUCAAGGUCAAUUCUCGGAUCUCAACGUUUUUGCCAGAGCCAGCCAGGGCAUGGACCAGCUCUUGAACGCUUACAUUUGCUGCCACAAUCCCUACCACGUGGGUUUGCAGCUCUCAGUGCUUUGCUCUGACCCCGAGGGUUUCUCGGGCAAUGUUACUGUAGAUGACUUCCACAUCGACCAAGUGAGCCUGAACACCAGAUGGCAACUUGAAAUGUCGGGCGCUGCUGAACAAAGCAUGCUCGAAAUUGACAUGGGUGGUGACAUUGAUGGUCCCGAAGAUUUGGUUCAUCGGGAGAUCAAAAAGCACUUGGAAUCCAUCAUCAUCGACAAGACUGGAGGUGCCAAGCCUGUGAAGGCUGGUUUGCCUCCGCUCUCUCUGACAGCGAUUCUCAACAAAGUGCUCCGCUUCAACGGCGGCGAGGAACGAUGUCCCAAGGCUAAGAGUUGA